CCCAUUCUCUAGAGGUUCCUUGGAACAUCGGGGAGACGUCACAUCACGACAUCGGAAAACACAAUCUUUGGCAGAGCCUCGAUUCGCGAAAAAAGCAGAACAAAGUUUUCAACAUGUGUUUCGUGGUACGCGAGUCGAUUUAGUUCGCGAAGGUACAUGUUUUCUUUCUUCCGGCAGUGUGCAGCGAAUCGUCCCUGGUGAGCCCCCCCCCCACUCCCUUUAAAAACCGAAAAUGUCAUCCGUUAAAGUUGCGGUCCGCGUACGACCUUUCAACAACCGCGAAAUAUCGAGGGAAUGCAAAUGCAUCAUCAAAAUGGGGGGAAAUACCACCACGAUCACGAAUCCCAAAGCUGAAGUGAACCCGAAAGAGGCGCAAAAGAGUUUCAACUUCGACUAUUCCUAUUGGUCGCAUGACCCGUACGACCCAGAAUUCUCGUCUCAAGUCGUUGUCUACAAAGACAUCGGCGAAGAGAUGUUACAGCAUUCAUUCGACGGCUACAACGUUUGUAUAUUCGCCUACGGUCAAACGGGGGCUGGCAAAUCGUAUACGAUGAUGGGCAAACAGGAGGAAGGACAGGAAGGUAUCAUUCCGCAAAUUUGUAAAGAACUCUUUCGGAAAAUUCGACACAAUACCAACCUGGACGUUAAGUAUUCUGUCGAAGUUAGUUACAUGGAAAUCUAUUGCGAACGGGUCAGGGAUUUGUUAAAUCCGAAAAAUAAGGGCAACCUGAAAGUGCGAGAGCAUCCCUUGCUCGGGCCUUACGUUGAGGAUUUAAGCAAAUUGGCGGUUACCAGUUACGAGGACAUUCACGACCUGAUAGACGAGGGUAAUAAAGCCAGAACGGUAGCUGCGACGAAUAUGAACGAGACGAGUUCCAGGUCUCACGCAGUUUUCACGAUAUUCUUUACUCAGCAGAGGGUGGACGAAACCACUCAACUCGCUACCGAAAAGGUAUCGAAAAUUUCGCUGGUCGAUCUAGCCGGCUCCGAAAGGGCCGAUUCGACCGGGGCAAAGGGCACUCGUUUAAAAGAGGGCGCUAACAUUAAUAAAAGUCUCACCACGCUCGGGAAAGUUAUAUCAGCUUUAGCCGAAAUGGCAUCCAAAACAAAAAAAUCAAAGAAGGCCGAUUUUAUACCCUAUAGAGACUCGGUACUGACGUGGCUGCUGAGGGAAAACUUAGGCGGUAACAGUAAAACCGCUAUGAUUGCUGCAAUAUCGCCAGCCGAUAUUAACUACGACGAGACAUUGUCGACGUUGAGAUACGCCGACAGGGCGAAACAAAUUGUUUGCAAAGCGAUCGUCAACGAGGACGCGAACGCGAAACUCAUCAGAGAACUCAAAGAAGAAAUACAAAAGCUCAGAGACUUGCUCAAGCAAGAAGGAAUCGAGGUUCAUGAAGGUCCCGAUGGUAAGGUUCUUUAUGAAAAGAGAGAUCCCAGGGGCGAGAACAAUAUGGUGGAGAGGAACAAUAAGGAGAAUCAACAAAGGGCCCGGGCGCAGUCGACGACCGCUGAAGAGGCCGUCGAUCAGCUGCAGGCCAGCGAGAAACUUAUCGCCGAGUUGAACGAAACUUGGGAAGAAAAGCUGAAGAGGACUGAAGCGAUCAGGAUAGAGAGGGAGGCGGUGUUCGCCGAAAUGGGGGUGGCCGUGAAGGACGGCAACACCGUGGGUAUAUUCUCCCCGAAGAAGACGCCCCACCUCGUUAAUUUGAACGAGGACCCUUUCAUGUCCGAAUGUCUCAUCUAUUAUAUCAAGGACGGACUUACGAGGGUCGGUUCGGCGGAGGCUAACAUUCCGCAGGACAUCCAACUGUCCGGAUCACACAUCAAAUCCGAGCACUGUAUUUUCGAGAACAAAGACAAUAAGGUGACGCUAGUACCCCUGAACGGGGCCCUCAUGUACGUCAACGGGCGCGAGGUUACGGAACCGAUAUCCCUUCCAACGGGUUCGCGGGUGAUUCUCGGCAAGAACCACGUGUUCAGGUUUACCCAUCCGGAGGAGGUGCGAGAGAUAAGGGAGAAAAACGCGCUAUCCGAUUCGAUGGUUGAUUGGAAUUUCGCGCAAACCGAAUUGCUGGAGAAACAGGGGGUGGAUCUGAAGGCCGAGAUGGCGAAAAAAUUGGUGACCCUGGAGGAGCAGUACCGUAAAGAGAAGGAAGCCGCCGACCAGUUAUUCGACGAACAGAGAAAGAAUUACGAAGCAAGAAUAGACGCACUCCAGAAACAAGUCGAAGAACAGAGCAUGACGAUGUCAAUGUACAGCUCGUACACACCGGAAGAUUUCAACAACGACGACGACAUUUUCGUGAAUCCUCUGUUUAAUGCAGAGUGCAAUUGGACGGAGAAAGACUUCGAACUGGCCGCGAACGCGUGGCGAAAGUGGAAACACCAUCAGUUCACGUCGCUCAGGGACGACCUGUGGGGAAAUGCGAUUUUCCUGAAGGAAGCGAAUGCGAUUUCGGUCGAGCUGAAGAAGAAGGUUCAGUUCCAAUUCACCCUCCUCACGGACACUUUGUAUUCGCCACUUCCGACCGAUCUGAAGCCAGUAAUCGACUACGAUCACGACGAAGACGCUUCGAUACCGAAAACUAUCGUCGCGGUCGAGGUCCAGGACUUGAAGAACGGCGCCACCCACUACUGGUCGCUGGAUAAAUUACGACAAAGACUAGAACUGAUGCGAGAAAUGUACCACAACGAGGCGGAAAUGUCACCGACAUCACCUGAUUACAAUGUGGAAUCCCUAACGGGAGGCGAUCCCUUCUACGACCGAUUCCCGUGGUUCCGCCUCGUCGGCAGAGGAUUCGUAUAUCUGAGCAAUUUAUUGUACCCCGUUACAUUGAUACAUAAGAUUGCGAUAGUCAGCGAGAAGGGAGACGUCAGGGGCUACCUAAGGGUGGCCGUCCAAGCUGUUAUGGACGAGGACAACGCCGAUCAAGUAGGAGUGCGACAAAGCGCUAGGAUCACGUUUGAAACCACGCACAAAGCGAUCAUGGACCGCAACAUCCAUAACAUGGAGGAACGUAUUAUCGAAGGUCAGAAUACGAUCGACCCGAUAAAAUUAGACGAACUGAUAGAGUGUGAUGCAGAUUCUGGACGGGGCGACAGUUCAGUCGCCUCCGAUGUUAAAGAGGAAGAGAUCCCCGAGCAUCUCGCUCUGGGCAAAGAGUUUACUUUCAGGGUGACGGUGCUCCAGGCAGUCGGAAUAUCCACCGAAUACGCGGAUAUAUUCUGCCAGUUCAAUUUUCUGCACAGACACGACGAGGCGUUUUCGACUGAGCCGGUGAAGAAUACAGGCAAAGGCACCCCGUUGGGAUUUUACCACGUUCAGAAUAUAACCGUGUCUACCACGAAAUCCUUCAUCGACUACAUCAAAACCCAGCCGAUAGUUUUCGAGGUGUUCGGCCACUACCAGCAGCAUCCGCUGCACAAAGACGCCAAACUGGAGGGCAACGUUAGGCAACCUCCGCGGCGUAUGCUCCCGCCGUCAAUACCUAUCUCGCAGCCGGUGAGGUCCAGUAAAUUUGGCGCGUUGCCUUCGCCGUGCACCGCCCACAUUCACGCCAAGGUCGACGUACUCGUGUGGUUCGAAAUCUGCGAACUUGCACCCAGCGGGGACUACGUCCCCGUGGUCGUGGAGCAUAGCGAUGAUUUGCCCUGCAGGGGACUGUUUCUCCUGCAUCAGGGAAUUCAACGUAGAAUUCGAAUAACGAUCGUUCACGAUCAAGCGUCGGAAAUUAAAUGGCGCGACGUUCGGGAAUUGGUGGUGGGUCGUAUCAGGAACGCCCCAGAAUCCGACGAGGAUGAGGACAAUGACAAUUCGGUCCUCUCUCUCGGUCUGUUUCCCGGCGAAUACUUGGAAAUACCGGGAGACGACAGAAUAAUGUUCAGGUUCGAGGCAGCGUGGGAUAGUUCCCUACACAACUCGCCGCUGCUGAACAGGGUAACUGCGCAGGGCGAGCAGAUCUUUAUGACGAUAUCGGCGUACUUAGAGUUGGAAAAUUGCGGACGUCCGGCGAUUAUAACGAAGGACCUCAGUAUGAUUAUUUAUGGUCGAGACGCGAGGACCGGCCCCCGGUCCCUCAGGCAUCUGUUUUCGGGCAACUACAAGAACGCGGAAGCGAACCGUUUAUCCGGGGUGUACGAGCUGUUGCUGCGCAGAGCUAGCGAAGCAGGUAGUCCAGGCGUUCAAAGAAGACAAAGACGGGUGCUGGACACAAGCUCGACGUACGUUAGGGGCGAGGAAAACCUGCACGGGUGGCGUCCGCGGGGCGACUCCCUCAUAUUCGACCACCAAUGGGAGCUGGAAAAGUUGACUCGUUUGGAGGAGGUGGAGCGUGUCAGGCACACGCUGCUGUUGCGGGAACGUUUGGGUUUGGACAGAGGUCAGAACAAAUACCAGCUAGAAUACACGAAGAGCGAAAAGGAGGUUUGCAACAUGGUCGCCAAAAACAACCUAAAUAACCACGCGAACAAUGACGUGCCGUAUGAAUAUACGGAGCGGGAACGCGACCUCCUCAACAAGUGCGUCAGACUGAUCCAGGGGAAAUCGCGGGAUCAGAGUUCCGGCAAAGAUAACGAGGUGGCCAGCCCGACCGAGGAAGCUACCGACAUGAGUACGAGCAUGAUAUCUAGUGCGAUGACUAACAGUUCGAUAGAGUUGUGCUCGCCGGAACGAGCCGCGCUGCCGGGCGAGUGCGCCCCGUUUCCCCCUGUCCCGAUCGCGUCGCCCGGACCCAGAGAUCCAGAAUUAGUGCUGUACGUGCCCGAUAUGGAAGAAAUCAGAAUUUCCCCGGUAGUGGCGAGGAAGGGAUACCUGAAUGUGUUAGAGCACAAGACGCACGGCUGGAAGAAACGAUGGGUGUCGGUACGUCGACCGUACGUUUUCAUAUUUCGCGACGAGAAGGAUCCGGUAGAACGGGCGCUGAUCAACUUGGCCACCGCUCAAGUAGAAUACUCGGAGGACCAGCUGGCGAUGGUCCGGUUGCCGAACACUUUUAGCGUCGUCAGCAAACACAGGGGUUACUUGUUGCAAACGUUGCACGAAAAAGAGGUGCACGAUUGGCUGUAUGCGAUCAAUCCGUUACUGGCGGGUCAGAUUAGGUCGAAAUCGGCGCGGCGCAAUCCGCAAAAUCAAAACAACCAGAGGUCCGAGGGAACGGAGAUAACUGUAGGUGGUAAAUGAGAUUUGCUGAUGGAAUCCGUGCUGGUCUAUUAAAUUUGCUUCAAUAAUGUGUGUCCCCCUCCCCUCCACUCCCUUCUACAUGUUUUACGGAAUUGUGAUAUCGACGACCGAUUAUUUGGAAAUUUUAAACGUACUAUAUAUAAUUUUAGGACGGCCCUGUAUUUGGCCAAAAUUGUCAUAGCAAUUUAACUAUUAGGGUACUACUACCGCGGCGCAGUCUUCGAGUUGUUAGGCCACGCAGGCAGAGAGAAGUGAUUAAUCCGAUUGAGUUAACAUUCGACGGCCGCGCCCCCUAGCUGUAAAUUAGUCGUAUAAUUCACAAAUUCAUUGAAUGUAUAUGAAUAUAUAUAUACAUAUAUAUAUAUAUAUAUAUAU